CAGGUACAGGCUGUGCAGCGUUUGGUUUACCAGCAUGACGAUACAGUCCUCGUUGCGGCAACAGGCUACGGCAAAAGCGCCGUUCUCUACACUGUUUCUGCCCUGACCGAGAAGAUCACGAUACAAAUCGUUCCCUUGACGAAGCUAGGCGAGAAUCAGCGUGACGAUAUCACCAGAAAUGUCCCUAAUCCGAAGCCGGUAUGGAUCGACGCCGACACGCAUCUCAAGAACCGGAACGUUUGGGACCAAGUCAAACAAGGUCAAUAUACUCAUGUGCUUUUGAGCCCAGAACAAGCCUUUUCACCGAAGUUCAAAGCCGUCCUUCGUGAUCUAGCAUUUCACGAAAGAAUCGGGCUUUUUGCGAUAGAUGAGCUGCAUGUUGUCGGCGAGUGGCGAGAAUUCCGACCGGACUUCACAUAUAUACACACUCUCAGAGCACUGUUGCCACGGAGCGUGCCCUGGUUCGGUUUUACGGCGACCCUGGAUAAAGACAACCAAUCGUAUAUUUUGACCUUGAGAGGGCUGCUGCUCGGAAUCUGACCCGGAAGACAUGUUCUACACAUAAAAUUAGUACCAAUCGACAGCUUAAAUUGAGGGG